CGACUGCCCACUUAUUAUUUGGAAUCUAUUUUUGGCUUGGUUCUUGGCUUUCUGUAGCGCAAAACCCACGGGCAUGGAGCGGAGGCCUGCCGAGCGUCCCCCGGGCAACCGCCACGAGUGCGACCACUGCCCCUACGUGACGGACCGCGCGAGCCACAUGGAGAAGCACCGCAUGACCCACACGGGCGAAAGGCCGUUCGCUUGCCCCGUGUGCGACCGGCGGUUCACGCAGCCGUCGGCCCUCCGCAGCCACGAGAGAACUCACACCGGCGAGAGACCGUUCGCGUGCGACCUCUGCCCCAAGUCGUUCGCCGUCUCCUCCACCCUGCGGAUCCACGCCAGGACCCACACGGGCGAAAGGCCGUUCGCUUGCCCCGUGUGCGACCGACGGUUCACGCAGCCGUCGGCCCUCCGCAGCCACAAGAGAACUCACACCGGCGAGAGACCGUUCGCGUGCGACCUCUGCCCCAAGUCGUUCGCCGUCUCCUCCACCCUGCAGAUCCACGCCAGGACACACACGGGCGAAAGGCCGUUCCGUUGCGACGUGUGCGGCAAGGCGUUCCCCGUGGCGUCCUCUCUGCGCAUCCACGCGCGCGUCCACACUGGCGAACGGCCGUUUCACUGCGGGGUGUGCGGGCGGUCGUUCGCCCGGGCCUCCAACGCCCGCAACCACGCGAGGACGCACGCGGAAGACCGGCCGUUUCGCUGCGAGCACUGCGACCGGGCGUUCGCGCGCUCGUCGCACUUCGCGAACCACCUGAGGACGCACACGGGGGAGAGACCGUUCGCGUGCCCCCGCUGCGGCCGCGCCUUCUCGCAGGCCUCCCACCUGAGCGUGCACGCUAGGACGCACACGGGAGAGAAGCCCUUCGCUUGCGAGCGCUGCGGCAAGGCGUUCGCCCGCUCGUCGGCGCGCAACGCCCACCGGAAGACUCACGCGCGGGAGGGCGAGGAGGCCGCGGCGGCGGCGGCGGCGGCGGUGGUGGUGGUGGGGGGGGAGGAGGAGACUGAGGAGGAGACUGAGGAGGAGGAGAUGGAGGAAGAGGAGGAGACGGAAGCAAGGAGCCGGCCACCUCGCGUGAAACGGGAAGCGGGGGAAGACGGAGGCUUUGAAACGUGGCCCGGAGUGGAGGUGAAACGGGAAGAGGAGGAGGAGGAUUCGGCUCUGGAAUCCGACUGCCAGGUGAAAAGCGUCAUCGUCAAGCAAGAGGUGAAUUCGGACUCGGAGGGAGAGUGAGGGGAUGCCACCACUGUGCAGUUGUGAGGAAGUCAAGAGGGGCUGCCGAAGGGAGUAGCAGUGUACAAGCUGUGGCCCAGGAAUUGGAGGUGAAACGGGAAGAUGAUGAAGAUUCCAUUGCGGAACACAAGAUCUCCAGGUAGAUGGAGGCAUCGUCAAGCCCGUGGAGAAGAAGAAUUCGGACUCUGGAGGCAGAGAGAGACGGUGAACCUCACCGUGCAGUUACAGGAAAGUCAAGGGGGGACUGCGGUGGAAGAAAUUCGUGCCAGUUUUACAAGCCAUGGCCCAGAUGUUGGAGGUGACACGGGAAAAUGAUGAAGAUUCCAUUGCAGGACACAAGAUCUCCAGGUCGAUGGAGGCAUCGUCAAGCAGGUGGAGAAGAAUUCGGACUCUGGAGGGAGAGCGAGGUGAUCGCCGCCAUCGUUACAACAAGUCAAGGGCGCUGCGGUGGAAGAAAGUAGUCCCAGCACUAUACACACGGCCAGGUGUGGAGGUGAAAUGGCAACAGGGGGAGGAGGAAGAUUUGGCUCCGGAAUCCGACUGCCAGGUGAACAGCAGGAGGAGGAGAAGUUGGUCUCUGGAUGGGAGAAGUUCGGACUCUUCAGGGAGAGUGGGACGGUGACCCCACCACCGUCAGAGGUCACAAACGGGUUUUGAUUCCUUACCCGUACCCGGCCGCACCAGAGUCGCAAACGGGACCCGUACCCUACCCGGCCGGGUAUGGGUAGGGUACGGGUAUCGGGUACCCGAUUGCGACCUCUGGGAUGAAGCCAUGUUACAGGCACUGGUGGGUUGAUUCUAGGAACUUGAAUUGUGAGAAGAGACAAGACGUUGGGAAAUGAGUGACAAACGGUUACUCACCAGUGACUCAAGGCCUACCCGUACACGUACCCGGCCGGGUACGGGUAGCCGGGUAGGGUACGGGUAUCGGGUAGGGUACGGGUAUCGGGUACCCGGUUGCGACCUCUGACCACCGUGCAGUUACAGGAAAGGCGGGGAGCGCUGCGGCGGGUAGAAAGUAGUCCCAGCUUUACGUGGCCGGUCCGCCUCUUCCUACCGUUGUGAAUCCUUGCGGUAAAAAUAAACGACGAUGAGCAGACAGA